CUGGUGGGAUUUCCAUUCUAACAGUGCAUAGAUGGUUGUGUUUCGGCUCAGACCUAGAAUUGCAUUCCACCGGACGCAGAAGGAUCAUUCACACAGAAAACACUGACAACGUCCAGAGAUGAAUAAGUCAUCACAUGCCUGAGUCAAGAGAGGAUUUCCCACUAAAGCCUGGUUUUACCAACAUUUUUUUCAAGGUGUUGUUGUGAAGAUUAUUUGGCGACGUUGUGUAACAUCCCCUUGGAAAUCUUGCUGUUACAAUGAAGAUGCUACAGUGGAGACAGAUCCUACAGUGGAGACAGAUCCUACAGUGGAGACAGAUCCUACAGUGGAGACAGAUGCUACAGUGGAGACAGAUGCUACAGUGGAGACGAACCGUGCUGCCCAUUUUAUGGCUUGUACCCAUUUCUGUCAUGUUGUGGUUUCACGUACAGGACAUGUCACAACAACGGAGAGCAUUGGAGAUGCGUCAGGUGCAGACAGAGAGAAAGGAGAUGAUAAAAUCAGCCUGCAGUGAGGAAGAACUCCUCCAAAUCAGCUCAUUCAGUUUGAAGCACUUAAUUGUGGAUGACGAUCAUGGCCUUCUCUACUGUUAUGUUCCUAAGGUGGCUACUACCCACUGGAAAGGUUUCAUGCUUUCGUUGAAGCAGGGUGAGCCAUAUGCUGACCCCACAUCCAAGUCUUUGAGAAAUGUCCACGAUAAAUCAAGGUUCAGGACAUUAGACAUGCUCCCAAAAACAGAGAUAAAGGCAAAGCUGAUGCACUACACCAAGUUUUUCUUUGUCAGCGACCCAUUCAACCGUCUCAUCUCUGCCUUUCAAAAUAAAUUUGAGCAACCCAAGGAGUUGAUCUACGCAAAGUAUGGCAAACACAUUCUGCAGCACUACAACAAUGAAUCCAAUCUACCACAGACAGCAGUGGAGGCUUUUGAAUCAGGCAAACGGGUGUCAUUCAACAACUUUAUUCAAUUCCUGUUGGACCCAAAGACAAAGCAACCCUUCGACCCCCACUGGAGGCAGAUACAACAGCUGUGCCACCCUUGCCAAAUACAGUACGAUUUCAUUGGAUUACAGGAGACUCUGGAUGAGGAUGCUGAACAGUUGCUCAGCAUCUUAAAGCUGACAAAAGACUUUAAGUUCCCCCAUGCUUAUAAAAACAUGACUUCUUCUGACUCUGUUUUGCAGUGGUUCAGCCAAGUUCCUCUAAACGACAGAAAGAAGCUGUUCAUGCUCUAUAAGAAAGACUUCAAGCUCUUUGGCUACAGAAGGCCUGAUGAAUUGCUUGAUGGUUGAGAUGACAUUGUGAUGAUGUCAUUGUAACUACAAAAUUAGACUCAGAAACUACAGGCUGCACCACUCAACCUGAAUGUAUGACUCCCACAGCACAUUCACACUAAAUGUUUUUAUUGUGGUCACCAGAGAAAAAUAUCACCAUACACAAUUCCACAAACCACCAAGAUGUUCAUAUUGUUAAUUAUUAAAGUAUCCCUACAAGUCAUUCUUUUCCUUUAAUGGUGUAAGUACGUUAUUAGGUUUAGGCUGUAUGAUUUAGAUGGUGGUUCUUAAAGACUAGGUAGGGACCAUUCCAAUUUCCAAACCCUUUGUGUAUAUGUUUUAAAUAAUAUGCAUAGAAUGACAUUUUAAUAAAUCUAAAUAUAUAUAAAGUAUAAAAGGUCUCCUUGUUAUGGCGAGAAAAAGAUUUUCGUUUAUCGUCAUGUGGUGUCGAACUGUGUCACUUAUCUUGCUGACAGUGGUCUGCACUUUUUACACCACCUUCACCUUCACUCUUGCAAGAAAUGUGCCUUUAAUACUUAUUACGUUUGUCACUAUUGGUGAAAUGUCAAAACAACAUGGGAGAAAAACAGCUUCUUAAUUCCAUGGUAAAUGAUCGGUAUUUAUUUAGUACUUUUCUAUUCUUGAUGACUACUCAAAGUGCUGUAUGCUACAGCAGCAGUUCUCUGACUUAGUACUUAGUACCGCCUGAGAAAACAUUGAGCUCUUGAAGUAUUGCCAACAUUAAAGUACAGUGGUGUAAAUAGGCUGAGCAAAGUCAGCUAGGAGGCAGAUAAGAUCAUUUUGCCAUCUUUAAAAUGUGGGUCCCCAAAAAGAAAGUCUGGGAAACACAGCUAUAGAAAAAAGAAAGUUGGGUGUUUGCAAUAGCUUUGACUGAGUGUGCAGAGGUAUUAUGUGACAGCUGUAUUUGUUAUUCCUGCUGUGUGACAAAAACAGUUUGACUUGUCAGUCCAUAGUAAAUGGCUGAUCCUUGUCAAACGAGUUAGUGCACAUAGUACAGUAAAGGCCUGGAGACGACUGUUGUUUUUGGCUUUUAUUGAGUUUACCAUGAUGCAUAAAAAAAGAUU